AUGGCUUCACUGUCAGAAGAAGUUCUUCUGGUGCUAAAAAAGGUUCGCCAGAAGAAACAGGAUGGCACUCUUUACUUGAUGGCUGAACGCAUAGCCUGGAGUCCAGAGGGCAAGGACCGCUUUACCGUCAGCCACCUUUAUGCGGAUAUUCGCUGUCAGAAGAUCAGCCCCGAUGGGAAAGCUAAAAUUCAGCUCCAACUCGUCCUUCACUCUGGAGAGAGUACAACAUUCCACUUUUCAAAUGAGAGCACGGCACUCAAAGACAGGGAGGCUGCCAAAGAGUUGCUGCAGCAGCUCCUGCCCAAGUUCAAAAAGAAAGCCAACAAGGAACUCGAGGAGAAAAACAGGAUGCUUCAAGAAGACCCGGUGCUUUUUCAAUUGUAUAAAGAUUUAGUGGUCAGUCAAGUAAUCAGUGCCGAAGAAUUCUGGGCUAAUCGAUUAGGGGGCCUAAACCACACAGAUCCUGCAGUAUGCAACAAUAAACAGGAAGUUGGUAUAUCUGGAGCUUUUUUGGCUGAUAUCCGGCCUCAAACAGACGGCUGCAACGGCUUGAGAUAUAACCUGACAGCUGAUAUUAUUGAAUCCAUCUUUAGAACCUAUCCUGCAGUGAAGCAGAAGUAUUGUGAGAAUGUGCCUCAUAACCUGACGGAGAAGGAGUUCUGGACACGUUUUUUUCAGUCGCAGUAUUUUCACAGAGAUCGUAUCAAUACCAGCACACAGGACAUCUUUACUGAGUGUGCCAAGCAAGACGAAAAAGGGUUAAAAUCAAUGGUGGGGCAAGGAGUUAAAAACCCUCUGGUUGACCUGCAGUCAUUAGAAGAUAAAUCCUUGGAUGAGGGUUACGGUGUCAGCACAUCACUGCCCUCCACUUCAAAUUCAAACCGAACUGUGAAGGAGAGCAGCAACUAUGCCAUUAUAAAGCGCUUCAACCAUCACAGUGCUAUGGUGCUGGCAGCAGGCUCACGCAAAGGGGAGAAUGACCAAGGUAGUGAAACAAGCAGCACUGAUGGAAACUCACGAGAUUCUGACCUCUUUCAGCCUCCUAUCAAGAAGGUGAAAUUACAAGAAGCCAUAGAGUAUGAGGAUCUUCAAAGGGAAAACGGACCAAAAGUGGUUGCAUUAAAUCUCAAAAAGUCAGACAGGUAUGCUCAUGGUCCUGUGCCUCUUCAGUCGCUAAAGUAUACAACGAGCCAAGAAAUCAUCAACUCCAUCAAUCACAUUCAGCAUGAGAUGGCAAAUUACAAACCCAACCUAACUCAGGUUUUGACCAGCACAGCAGCAAGUUCCGCCAUCGCAGCACUUUCUCCCGGUGGCGUCCUCAUGCAGACCGCAUCGCAGCAAGCCAUAAAUCAAAUGGUACCAUCUGACAUACAAGGCGAACUGAAGCAUCUUUAUACAGCUGCUGGGGAGUUAUUGAGACAUUUUUGGUCUUGUUUUCCUGUAAACACGCCAUUUCUAGAGGAGAAGCUGAUAAAAAUGAAGUCUAACCUUGAGAGAUUUCAGACAACCAAGCUCUGUCCUUUUCAAGAAAAGAUUCAGCGUCAGUACUUAAAUAAGAACCUCACAUCACACUUAGAGCAAAUGCUUCAGACGGCGUACAGCAAGUUCCACGUCUGGCAAACACGUCGCUUGAUGAGAAAAACCUGA